AUGUUAUCAUCUUUAUUCUUACUAAUGCAACAACUUCUUGUUAGUAGUAGUACAGAGAAAAUGUUGAAGAUUUUAAAUAUGUCGUCUACCCUGAAAUCUGGUUUUAUGGACAUGGAUGAUUAUGAUUUUCGACCUGUAAGAUAUACACGGAGCUGGGUGAUUGCUGGUUUCAUAAUCUUGGCCAUAGCAAUUGCUUUAGCAGCUGCAUCUAUAGCUCUGCCAACAUUUCUACUGGUAAAUCCUACAGUUUUUGAUGCAACAAAUGCUGAUUUAAACAAGGCUAGAAGUUUUGGUUAUACGCAAGUGUGUUUUACUUCAGAUAAUGCAUGUCAGUAUCGCAAUCCAAAUAUAGUGAAUGAUGAAUUUUCAAGUCUAAUGACAAAUUUACGUCUUGCUGAAUUGGCUAUGCAUGCAAUCGGAAUAAUAAUAAUGUGUAUAUGCUUUAUCGCUGCACUCGCGCUAAUUAUUGUCUGGUAUAAAAAAGAGACUGACAAUAGAUGCUUUCAAAUUUGGCGAUUGCUUAUUGGUAUAUUUUUAAUGUUAGCUGGAUUCUGUUUACAAAGUGCAAUAAUCAUGUUUCAUGUUGAACAGCUCCAAGACAAAUAUGGUAAAUCAUCCGGUUAUCCAUAUGGAUUCAAUCAAUGGUCUGAGAAUCAACGUACUACAACAUCUAUAUCCUAUGGUUCUGCAUACAUUCUUUUGUGGCUUGCAACUCUUUUGUGCUUUAUAUCAGCAUGGAUAUUUUUAGGCACAUAUUGUUGUUGGUCAGCAGAUAAUGUGGAUGACGAUAUUGAUGAUUAUAAACCAUCUUUACCAAGAUUUUCAACUGAUUCUGACAGUAUGAGUAGACCAGGCACUGAAUCAUCAAUUAUCUAUCGAGACAAUUAA